GGAGAGAUGGGACUGGGCGCUCUCUCCCCACUGCCAGGCAUGAGUGCGUUCUGGGCAUGUUGGUUCAGACUGAGGGUCGCACAAAGAGGCCUGUGGUUCCCCCCCUGCCGCGCACAGGGCCAGGGAAGGACCGGCUGAAGGUUCCCGGGAAAUGGGCGCAUGUAGCACCGGGGGUUUCGGAGCGGCGAGUCCUGGGCCGGCGUUGGGAGCCCAAGGCUAAAGCAGCGCCAGUCACCAUGGAGCACAAUGGCAGCUGGGUGUUCGCCAACAGGAGCGAGUUGGGUUCCUUCCAGCAGGCGGUGAGCAGAGCCCUGGGGAUCAGGAACGUGUCGUACUCUCAGCUCCUAUGGAGCAACCGGAGCGCAGCCAGCGACGGGCUCACCUACCGACAUUUCACUACCAGCGCCCAGGUGCUCAUAUUCGUGGGCUCCCUGCUGGGGAACUUCAUGGUCCUGUGGUCAACCUGUAAAACAUCAGUCCUGAAGUCCGUUACCAACAGAUUAAUGAAAAAUCUUGCGUGCUCCGGGAUCUGUGCCAGCCUAGUGUGUGUGCCUUUUGACAUUGUACUCAGUGCCAGCCCACACUGCUGUUGGUGGAUUUAUACCCUGCUCUUUUGUAAGAUCAUCAAAUUCCUGCACAAAGUCUUCUGUUCAGUGACUAUUCUCAGCUUUGCCGCUAUUGCUUUGGAUAGGUAUUACUCUGUGUUGUAUCCAUUAGAAAGGAAGAUAUCGGACUCCAAAGCCAGAGACCUGCUGAUCUAUAUAUGGGCACAUGCUGUUGUUGCCAGUGUUCCAGUGUUUGCUGUGACCAAUGUGACUGAUAUCUAUGCCAUGUCCACCUGCUCCCCAUCAUGGGGUCACUCUUUGGGCCAUCUAGUGUAUGUCCUUGUUUAUAAUGUCACCACUGUUUUCAUACCGGUGGUUGUGGUUUUCCUUUUCAUGCUUCUCAUCCGCAGAGCACUGAGUGCAAGUCAAAAAAAGAAAGUGAUUAUAGCAGCUCUAAGGACACCUCAAAAUACAAUCUCUAUACCGUAUGUCUCCCAAAAGGAAGCUGAACUUCAUGCCAUGCUUCUAUCUAUGGUUGUAGUAUUUAUCAUCUGCAGUGUUCCAUAUGUCACCUUGGUAAUAUAUCGCACCAUGCUUAAUUCCUCACAUAUCUCAGAUUUCCUCUUGCUUACUGCUAUCUGGUUACCCAAAGUCUCAUUGGUCACCAACCCUUUGCUUUUCUUAACUGUCAACAAAUCUGUCCGCAAAUGUGUAGUGGGCACCAUUGUGCAGCUCCACCGCAGGUACAGCAGAAGGAAUGUGGUCAACCUCGGUUCAGUUGCAGAAGUCAACUUAGAGCCUAGUGUGCGGUCUGGCAGCCAGCUCCUGGAGAUGUUCCACAUUGGCCAGCAACAGAUCUUCAAAUCUGUGGAGGAGGAUGAUGAUAAUGAGAUCAAGCUAGAAGCCUCUAGAAACUAUAAAAUAAAGGAGGCUCUGCCAAGUACCAGCGUCGAGGUGGAACACACACUUGUGCAGAAAUUUAUUCCCCAGAGCACAGACUCUGCCUCGCAAGUGGCUCCUGUGAUGCCAGGGGAGAGCGAAGUGCUAAAUGACAAGUACUCCAUGCAGUUUGGUUUUGGCCCUUUUGAGUUACCCCCACAGUGGCUCUCUGAUAAAAGGAACAGCAAGAAACGGCUGUUACCUCCUUUGGGAAAUACUCCUGAGGAGCUUAUCCAGACCAAGCAGCCCAAAUGCAGACCUGAGCGAAGGAUCAGCAGGAACAAUAAAGUCUGCAUUUUUCCUAAAGUGGAUUCCUAGCACAGCCUUUAUCAACCCCACCAACGUUAUAUAAACUGUAUAUCUUGUUAAAUGUGCCAAAAAAGUGUGCACAACAGGACAGAAACGCACAGUCAAAGUGUUCCUUACUAACAUGGGCAGCAUGCACGCGAGGAACAUACCUCUUGUAUGCUCUCUGUGGAACUACAAUUAUAUUGUAUAAUAUAUCAGUUAAUACCUAUGAGUCUCUUGGUGCUGACAAAGAGCGCCUAAUUCUGAAUAAUGGACUACUUGCUCUUUUUCAUUUACAGUUAGAAAACCAUUUGUGUAUGGCCUAUGCAUCCAGCAGACCUGUCACUCCGCAAUAGCUCAGGUUUAUUUUAAGCUCAAAACCCAUAUUAUCACUCGCAGAGAUAUAAUCAUACUUCAGUACCUCCCACUGUACUGGUGUUUAUUGGCAGCUCUACUCUAGGUUUCCAAUACAAAUCAUGAAGCCCACAAAAAACACAUACAUAAAUAAUGCUUGCAGUAUACCACUGAUCUUGUUGGUGAAGACAACAUGGCCCAUAGAAUAGUACGCCCCUUGAGUUGUCACAGUCUGCUAAAUACUAGUGUUACCCAGACCUGUACAGUCAGUUGCAUUCUUACUGUGAAUAGGGACUCUUUAAGAGCAAAUGCCUUAGUGCAUAUCUGUUACCUGUCAUACUAGCGUUAGAUAUUCCAUAUGGACACCAGCAAUACUUUUUUUUCUGUGUUGUCUCCAGAACCUUUUGCUAGAUGCCUCUUGCUGUAUGAAGAACAUCCGUGCCAGUUCAUUUUUUACAUACAGGGUGAGCAAAUGUAACUUUUGUAAUUUUACACCAUUUUUGUAGGGAGUGGCAGCAUUUCCACAUGGUUUAUAAAUUCUCCCAUAGGCCUUAGGAAGAGAUAGGCUAUGCUGCUUGCUGAUUCGCUGCUUUGUACUCAUUUUUCUAUAGCACUGUGAGCUAAAAGGAGAACCUGCAGUGUUUCUUUGGGGGGUUCAGGAGUGACCUGCACCCUUUUCUGCAUGAGGUGGAAGAAGCUUUCCUUUUGCAUCAAUGUACAACGUUUAUCCAGUUAAUACAUCUGACAAAUAUGAUUUUCACUGAUGCGUCUUAUAUCUUAUAUUAUGCACAUCAAAUAGUUUAUUCCAUUCUUCCCUGCACAAUAAAUAUGACUGAAUAUCA